AUGGAUGUGUUUCAACGGAUUUUCACUGUUUUUUGUAAUGAAUGCGUUAAAGGAGCGGUGAAUAAUGGAGUAUUGCACUGCGAAUCUUAUAGGACAAUGGACUCCAAAAAAAGAAGCCACGUAGCAAGUGGUAACACGCCAAACAAACCUGUUGAGAAGCGCGCACGCGAUUCGAGACGAAACAUUAGAGGACCUCUGGACUUUUCGUCAGAGAAUGUUGAGAAUCUAGAACCACUAGUAAGCAUUGGAGGCUUUGUUAGUCCGAAGAUACAGAGGAGGCGCUCUGGUGGAAGUCCGGGCAUCAAGGUUACUUAAGCUUAUUGUUAUUGUUCCUUGUGUCAUUUAACCUUGUGCAUUUUUAAAUGCGGAGAAGUUGAUCUGAGUUCUUUUGUAGUUUCAACUUACAAAGCGUCUUUCCUUUUUUCAUGCUACUUGAAAUUUAUUUAUUCCUGUGUUAUUGUAUUCUGUUUUAACUUGGAAACAGUCUGACUUGGAAAUUGACUUGUACUUUUUGCUAUAAAUAUGCAAUUGAGCUUAUUUAUUCUUCAAGGAAAAUCAAGUGGUCUUCUGGGUCUGGACAGUUGUAUACAUGUAGCUUUUUUGUUAUCUUUUCCUAGGUUAUCAGCUCGGGCUUAAAAAAAUCACCUCUGGUUGUGUCGGCCAUUAAAUCACCUGUGCGGUUACACAGGUGGACAUUUUAUGAGGAAAGGGCUUUGGUAGAAUUUGUUGGGCUAGCAUCAAUGGAUGCAAAAUAUGGCCUAAGUACGUCUGAAUGCAUAUGGCCUGCAUUUCGUCCAGGUCAUACUUUCUGUCGGGGAAAGAAAUAG